UCUAACCCAACCCAACCCAACCACUAAAAAUCAUCUCAUGCCCUGAGGACACUAGUGGUGGAUAUUCCUUUGUGUUUUAAUACGGACAGACAGAAGGGACAAACCGUCUCGAAACUCCCUUUUAACAAACGCGGAAGUGAAUGUGAGAGGUCUUAAAUCUGGUGACGUUUCAUGGUUGGAGCUGGCUGAAAUAAACAGAAACCCUUCUGUUCUUUAACAAAUAAAUCCCAGAUUUUAAAAGACGAAAAUGUUUCGGGGUUGGGGAAACUGGCUUAGCUUGGAUCCAGAAAGCCCAAGCACCAAGCAAGCGGUUACAGCGCAGAAAGAGGCAGGCGAAGGGAAAGGCCUUGUGGAUGAAACCGAAGUAAACAAACAACCAGAGUGUGGAAAAGAAGAGAUGUCCGACUCGGCUCACGAACUUCUUGAGCAGGCCAAGGGACUGAGCGGUUAUCUCUUCAGUUUUGCCAGUAGUGCUACAAAGAUGAUAUCCGAGUCUGUUGUUGAGACAGCACAGACCUUAAAGAAAUCCGUAGAAGAUGGAAAGAUUGAUGGCCUUAUUGAUAAGACAAUAUUGGGGGAUUUUCAAAAGGAACAAGAAAAAUUUGUGUUUGAAAAGAAUGCAAAAAAGACAGAUGCUGCAGUGCCUCCCUGGGUUGGCUACAGUGAGGAAGAAACAAUUCAACAGCAAAUCUUGGCUUUAUCGGCUGACAGGAGAAAUUUCCUUCGAGACCCCCCUGCUGGAGUGCAGUUUCACUUUGACUCAGAACAGAUGUAUCCCAUCGCCAUGGUGAUGUUGCAGGAGGACGAGCUGCUCAACAGAAUGAGAUUUGACCUGGUCCCAAAGCUGGUGAAGGAGGAGGUGUUCUGGAGGAAUUACUUCUACCGUGUGUCUCUGAUUAAGCAGUCUGCACAACUCACUGCAUUAGCAGCUCAGCAGCAGGCAGCUGAGAAGAAAGAGGAGGAAAAAAACAGUUCCCAUACAGAUGACAAUCACUUCACAGAAAACAUAAGACCCAAAACUCCACCUACUGCAAUCAACGCCAAGCUAAAACCUAAUGAGGAUGAAGAGGAGAUUUCAGCCAGUCCAGGUGUCUCUGAGUUUGUAAGUGAUGCUUUUGACUCCUGCAAUAUCAACCAGGAGGACCUGAGGAAGGAAAUGGAGCAGUUGGUGUUGGAUAAGAAGGAAGAGGCCAUUGAAGAGUCUGCAGACUGGGAGAAGGAGCUACAGCAGGAACUUCAGGACUAUGAAGUUGUUGCAGAAUCAGAAAACAGAGAGGGCAAUUGGGAUAAAGAGAUAGAGGAGAUGUUGCAGGCUGAUGGUUAGUUCUGCUGAACUGAAUGUGCUUUCCAAACUGACUUCUAUGAAUGUUAUCACUUUCAGUGCACAAUGUAAAACGUGAAGGACCAGCUAACAUCAAAUCAUUAUCAUUGCCAUCAAAUUCAGCUUUCAUCACAUCGUGGAAAAUUACUCUCCCACCACAGUGCUGAACACUCAGUAGAUUAAAUCCUUGUGCUUCUCAUUUGGAAAUAUCUUGAGGAUAAAUUGUACAAUUUGUUUAAACAACACCAACAUUAAAAAAAACAAACAAACACUUGAGUAUCUUCUAUAGUGUCAUCUGGGUCCAUACAUCUUGUAAGUAGUACUUCAUUACAGUUGCCACUACAUCAAAAACAAUGUAAUUGUAGUCCACUACAGUAUAGCUUUUAAUUAAAUUAGUUUAAUAUAAAGCUAUUCUUGAUAAUUCUUGUAUUUCAUUAUCAUGGAAUGUAAAGUUUGUACUGUACAAAUACUUCAAUUUAAAAUGAUAUAUAUAUAAAGAAAAUGCUGUGUAACACAAGGUGAGCAUCAAAAUAAACUUAUCACUAUU